GGGGAGGGAGAGGAUUUAAGGAAAGCCACGUUUAUACGUCGCCUCCUAAAAACCCUCCUCUCUUAUCUCUCUCUCCUCUCACUUUCAAACCUCCAAGGCAAAAAAAUCCUCAGAAAAAAUGAGCGGCGACAAGGACAACUUCAACCUCGCCGAUCUAACCGCCUCUCUUAAAGACGAGGAUCGAGCUGGCCUUAUGAACGCUCUCAAGAACAAGCUAAUGGCUGGUCAGCGUUCUGAUGUUCUCGAGAGUCUGACUCCCCAAGUGAGAAACCGUGUUGAAGCCUUGAGGGACAUACAGGGAAAGCAUGAUGAGCUUGAGGCAAAGUUUCGUGAGGAGAGAGCUGUUCUUGAAGCCAAGUAUGAAAAGUUGUAUCAGCCUUUGUAUACCAAGCGUUAUGAGAUUGUGAAUGGAGUUACUGAUGUUGAACCGACUCCAGAGGAUACGAAGAUGGACCAAGGAGAGGAAAAAACUGCAGAAGAGAAAGGAGUGCCAAGUUUCUGGCUGACGGCCUUGAAAAACAAUGAUGUUACUUCCGAGGAGGUUACAGAGCGUGAUGAAGAGGCUCUCAAAUAUCUUAAGGAUAUUAAGUGGUGCAAGACUGAAGAGCCUAAAGGAUUCAAACUUGAGUUUUUCUUUGACUCGAAUCCCUAUUUUAAGAACGCUGUCUUGACAAAGUCUUAUCAUAUGAUUGAUGAAGAUGACCCACUGCUUGAGAAGGCUAUAGGGACAGAUAUUGAUUGGUAUCCUGGAAAGUGUCUUACUCAGAAGAUUCUUAAGAAGAAGCCUAAGAAAGGUUCAAACGCCAAACCGAUCACCAAAAUGGAAGAUUGUGAAAGCUUCUUCAACUUCUUUAAUCCUCCACAAGUCCCGGAGGAAGAUGAAGAUAUCGACGAGGACAGUGCUGAGGAACUUCAGAAUCUGAUGGAACAAGAUUAUGACAUUGGAUCUGCUAUCCGGGAGAAGAUUAUCCCUCAUGCAGUCUCAUGGUUUACUGGUGAGGCUAUGGAUGGAGAGGAGUUUGAUUUAGAUGAUGAUGAUGAGGACGAUGAUAUUGACGAGGACGAAGAUGAGGAUGAGGAAGAUGACGAGGAGGAUGAGGAGGAUGAUGAAGAUGAAGAAGAUAGCAAGACUAAAAAGAAGCCAUCAAGCGGUCGCAAGAAGGGAGGCAGGUCUCAGGUGGUUGUUGGUGACGGUCAACAAGGCGAGAGGCCACCUGAAUGCAAGCAGCAAUAGUAAUGUCUACGCUCUACUGAAUGAAAAAGCAUGCGUGAAAACACAUACCCUUGGCUCAUUCGCUGUUCGUCUAUCAUUUAACUUUUGGUGUUUAUCUUCUUAGAAUCACUCAAGACUUUUCCUUAGUGUUUAUCAAUCAAAUAUCAAUCAAUGAAUUAUCCCCUUAUUUUC